UUAAGGCAGCCAUUAAUGGAAAACCCAGUUUGACAGUUGGCGUGAGAAGUUCAACUCCGUACCAUCUUCUCUCUCAUUGGCUCUCUGGUUCUGGUGUGAACUUGACCGAUCGUUGCCGGCGCAAUCGCCGGAGUUCUGGCGGCGUUUUUUGGAUGCUUUCGAUGGGCCUUUUGUCUUCUAUUUGCGCCUGCUUGAAGAAGCUCAAAGCAGCUAAUUCAGCGAGUGCCGAUGAAGCGGAUGAUGAAGAUGUAUCCACUGACAUCUUCUUUGAACUCAGUGCUUUGCAAAUUGCGACUAAUUUCUUUUCUGAGGUGAAUAAGCUCGGCCAUGGAGGUUUUGGACCGGUGUACAAGGGGUUGAUGCCAAAUGGCCAACAAGUAGCAAUCAAGAAACUAUCGGUAGAUUCUAGGCAAGGAGUGAGGCAAUUUAGUAAUGAAGUGAAACUUUUACUGCGAAUUCAGCACCGAAAUUUGGUCAUUUUAUUGGGCUGCUGUGUAGAAGGGCCUGAAAAGAUGCUUGUAUAUGAGUUUCUGCCAAACAGAAGCCUCGAUUAUUUUAUUUUUGAUAAAAAGAGGUCUCCAUUCCUGGAUUGGACAACACGGUUCCAUAUAAUUACAGGUAUCGUGAGAGGUCUUCUCUAUUUACAUGAAGAGGCUCCUGCAAGAAUUAUACAUAGAGAUAUCAAAGCCAGUAACGUAUUAUUAGAUGAGAAGUUGAAUCCGAAAAUCUCUGAUUUUGGAUUAGCCCGGCUUUUUCCUGGGGAUGAUACACAUUUGAAUACAUUUAAGAUCGCUGGCACUUAUGGCUAUAUGGCUCCUGAAUAUGCAAUUCAUGGAUACUUAUCUGUGAAGAGUGACGUUUUCAGUUUUGGAAUCUUGGUAUUGGAGAUUGUUAGUGGAAGAAAAAAUCACGAUGAUCGGCUUGGUGCUCAACAGGCGGACCUAUUGGGAUAUGCAUGGUCGCUUUACCAAGAUGGGAAGAUUUUGGAAUUAGCUGAUGAGAGCCUAACAAAAUGCAAUGCAGAUGAGGCAGCUAUGUGCGUUCAGUUGGGUUUGCUAUGUUGUCAAGCGAGUGUUUCAGAUAGGCCUGAUAUGAACACCAUUCAUCUCAUGCUUUCCAGUGAUUCAUUCACGUUGCCGCGCCCCGGGAAACCUGGACUUCAUGGUCGAGCAGCACCUCGGACAACUACCUCUACUUCUGCAUUCACCAAGACAAAUACUACCAGUACUCAAACUGGCGUCACCAGAGCUUCUGCGAGUAGUAGUUUGGUAGAGGAUUAUUCAAGAAACUCCAUGUCCAUUUCUUCAAUUGAUGAAGGCAGGUGAAUUGCUUCAGCUGUGCAUAGUAUCUAGAAAGCUACAUUAAUUCUUUUCAUUUUUGGGUGAUAGGAGUAAGGGUCGUUUCAUCGGGAGCAAAAUUUUAUAUUUCUUUCUGUUACAUAUGUUUUUGUAUUCGAGACCAAUUAUGUGUCAUCUAGUUU